GUGAAAAACAUUGCAUAGCUGUUGACUGACACCUUCUGUAAUCGUCUGUUUAGAUCCAACCUAGCUGGACUCCCGCGGACAUCCUGGGUUAGUGGGGCUGCCAUACCAUACCGAGUUCUAUAAACGGCUUGCGAGACACUUGAUUGCAUUUUCAAUACAUGCCAUUUCACAUCAUAAGAAGAACAAUGGCCACUAUGGCUUCCCCUAGGUGGAAGGAAUUGUCCAAGUACGCAGCAUGCGAUCUUGCGGAUGGUUUGCUCAAGCUCAACGUCCCAGGCGUUGGCUUUCUCGCAGAUAUAAGGCCAAUGCCUCACACAGCCAACAUCCCCCACCUUACGCCGAGGAAGAUAGUUGCACCUGCAUCAACCUUCCUUAUGCUGCCAAAAGCCACGAAAUCCUUCCCUAACCCAGCUCCAACAUCUGAAAAUGUCCCGGCUUCCAAUCUGCCAGACUCAAGACCAUAUGCAGACUACACAGAAAGCGGCACCAUUGUCGUCAUCAGCCAGCCUGUAGGCCAAUCGUGUGCAGUCGUUGGAGGCAUCAUGGCUGCCCGCAUGAAGUAUCUGGGCGCAGAAGGUCUGGUAGUCGAUGGCAGAGUGAGAGAUCUGGUGGCUCUGAACGAGACGCAGCUGCCAAUCUGGUCAAAGGCGACGUCGAUAAUCGGCGCAGGCGCAGAGACCAAGUUUCACGCACGCAAUGUGCCCGUCAAGAUUGGAGGCUCAACUGUUGCACCUGGUGACAUUGUCAUGAUCGACCCAUUCGAGAACGGAGUCGUUGCAGUGCCCCAAGACAAGGUGGAAGAGCUGCUGGAGCUGUUGCCGAAGCUUGUAGGAGCCGACGAGAAAGUGAUUGCAGAUGUUGAACAGGGCGUUAGUGUCCAGGAGGCCUUCAAGCACCAUCGAAACUAGCCAUAACCCAGUCCCUAUCUACAUAGCAAAACUUAUUCCAGUGAUGCAUGGCCGUGAACAUGUCGAAACCGUCCACUGAGGUU